AUGGAGCGAGUAGCGCUAGUUUCCGGGCCGGGUGAGUCCGACAACCACCAGGCGAUCCGAGAUGUUGUAGACCCUUCCCAGAGCAGCGAGGCAAGUGGAGUCGCAGAUGAGGCUUGGGUUCUGGGCUUGACGUCGAGUGCAAUUCGACGAGAAGCCGAAGAGCAGAGGCUUGCUACUCGCAGAGUCUUCAGAUUGCAGACCCCCGAGGGUCUCACGAAGACCUUCUUGCGAUGGAAGUCCUACAAGCGAUCGCCUGGUCCUGGGCAUGGAGAGGCGGCAGAGUCGGAGUCGGAGUUCAACUCUGCGCAGGUUCUUUCGCUACUCUACCGAUGCGCUUUCCAGGCUGUCUUUCCCAGGACGAGCGACGACAUACCGGAGGAGUUCCGGGACCUAGACCUCCUGUGCCAGAGGCAUUCAGUGAUGUCGUUGGCUCUGCAUGGAGCAGUGGUUGACAAAGUCACAGCGCUCCACGACCCUUCUCAAAGGCAACGCCUUUGGGAGCUCUGGCCACGACUCAGAGGAGGGCUUGCCUCGAUGCCCAUUGACAGCAUUGUCACCUACUUUGGCAUCCAUACUGCCGAGUAUUUCGCCUUCCUGCACGAGUACGCGACGUGGCUCCUGCUGCCUGCCGUGCUCGGGGUUGCCGUGCAGGCAGUCCUAAGCCUUGGGCACGACGGGCUCGACGCGGCUGAGCCGAGCGUAUUAUUGAACAAUCUGACAGCCUCUGACAACCCUGCAAAGCGGGUUUUCACCGGAGCCAUGGUCGCGGAGCCCGGGCCCCGAGAGCGGAAGCGGAGCAGCCGAUUCAUCGCUCGCAGCAGGGUGUGGACCACAGCCUUCAUCGAGCACUGGAAGCGCUGCCGUUCCGGACUGCACUACCAGUUCGGAGCGAGGCUGGAAGACCGUCAAGCAGAAGCGGAGUGUGAGGCUCCUGCAGCGUACUGCAUCGAGACAAAGCGUCUGGCACGUGCCUUCGCUGCUGGCUCGCGGCAACGAGCAGAGUCGGACCACAAGGUGCAUGACCUGCCGAAGGAUAAAGAACAGGGCUUGGCCGGGUUCCUUAUCUUAUUUCGAUUUCUCCGGACGGUCGUGGCGAUGAGCUGUUUGGCUGCAGCAGUUUCUGGAGUCGUCUACUUGCUGCUCCGACUCGGUGAGGCAGAGCCAUGCAGCACACGGCACGGCCACUACAUGGGGUGCACCUUGCAACAGAUAGAGAUAGAGCGCGACAUGACAACCAGCAGACAACGGUCCAUGUGUUGCGGCGACUGUCCUUGUUCGACAUCACGGCAUGGAUGCUGCGUGGCAGAUAUUAUCUACAGCUCAAGAGGAGACACCUAG